UCGUCGUCGCCGUCACCCAGUGUUUUCGGCCGUCGGGCGCGGAGGAACUUCUCCGCUGUGCGGAUGUGGCGGCUCGCGGAACGUGCCAAUAAAUCAGAGCGGGAGGAACGGUCGCUGAGGGCGCGUGACGACGCAGCCGUGAAGCGGGCACUGGGGAACAUGGGGUGCACCGUCAGUCAGGAGGACAAAGCGGCCGCUGAAAGAUCCAAGAUGAUCGAUAAAAACCUGCGGGAGGACGGAGAAAAGGCGGCCAGAGAAGUGAAGCUGCUGCUCUUGGGUGCUGGUGAGUCAGGGAAGAGUACUAUUGUGAAGCAGAUGAAGAUCAUCCAUGAAGAUGGCUACUCGGAGGAUGAAUGCAAACAGUACAGAGCUGUGGUGUACAGCAAUACUAUCCAGUCUAUCAUGGCAAUCAUCAAGGCCAUGUCCAACCUGAAGAUAGACUAUGAGGAGUCUGCCCGAACUGAUGAUGCCCGCCAGCUAUUUGCCCUGUCUGCCACGGCAGAGGAGCAGGGUGUCCUGCCAGAAGACCUGGCCAAUGUCAUUCGCCGCCUGUGGGCCGACAGUGGGGUGCAGAGCUGCUUCACACGUUCCCGCGAGUACCAGCUCAACGACUCAGCUGCCUACUACCUGAAUGACCUGGAGAGGAUAGCCAGACCAGACUACAUCCCCACCCAGCAGGAUGUGCUACGAACCCGUGUCAAGACCACUGGCAUUGUGGAGACGCACUUCACGUUCAAAGACCUCCAUUUCAAGAUGUUCGAUGUGGGUGGCCAGCGCUCGGAAAGGAAGAAGUGGAUCCACUGCUUCGAGGGUGUGACAGCCAUCAUAUUCUGCGUGGCCCUCAGUGCCUAUGACCUGGUGCUCGCUGAGGAUGAGGAGAUGAACCGUAUGCAUGAGAGCAUGAAGCUUUUUGACAGCAUCUGCAACAACAAGUGGUUCACUGAAACCUCCAUCAUCCUCUUCCUCAACAAGAAGGACCUGUUUGAAGAGAAGAUCACCCGCAGCCCCCUAAGCAUCUGCUUCCCAGAGUAUACUGGAGCCAGCAAUUACGAUGAGGCAUCGAGCUACAUCCAAAGAAAGUUUGAGGACCUGAACAAGAAGAAGGACACCAAGGAGAUCUACACUCACUUCACCUGUGCCACCGACACCAAGAACGUGCAGUUUGUCUUUGACGCAGUCACUGAUGUCAUCAUCAAGAACAACCUGAAGGACUGCGGCCUCUUCUAGAGCAGGGACUGAGGAGGAGCCAAGGUUUACUUGUGAACUGCUCUAAUGACCAGGAGAGGGAGAGUAGAUGCACCACAACAGACUGCACUGGUCAGCAAGGAUUCCUGCUCUUAUCUGCUUCAGUAUGGAGAACAGAGACUGAACCCAGCGAGCCUUGCACAAUGUCACCAACCGCUCAUAUCCCUGACCCCAGUGUCACCUUCUCCCCUUGAUUAUUGUGGUUUUCUGUUAUACUGUAUGUCUGGUAUUUAAUUUUAAGGGGUUUCCAUAUUUGUCUUAACUCCUUGGGCUACGACCACAAAUUAACUUUUUCGUUUUUGUGUAUUAGCAAAGCAAAGACGAAAACAUUUUUAUAUAAUGCAUUCAUUUUACUUUUUGAAAAUCUGUGUGGAUUUUUAUUAAACUUUCAAUUGCAGAAGCUUAUUUUUUAAAGGAGGGCAUGAUAGACAAACUUGAUUGAAAGGAAAAUGCUUUUUUAUAAUGUUUACAUGAAGUCGUCAUUCUUAGCAAAACUGAAUACUGUCCUGCAUGAUUAAGUUGACUGUUAGUUUUAAUCUGCACAAAAUGGCAUAUCAUUCAUUCCUUUAAACAAAUAGAAAGCAACUUCACAUGGCGAGAGACCGGCAAGAUUCUGAUAUUUAAAAUGUGUAUGUUCCUAAUCCCCUUUUUUUGUGCUCAGUUCCAUUCCACAGCUUGCAAGUAUGUUUUGCAUUUUGUCCUUUGAUUUGUUAAUUCCGUGAUUUUCUUUCUGUAGUUUGUAGACAUCGGCCUGAUGUUUAGUUUCCUUUACAUGGCCGAAAAACAAGGUUAAAUAGUUGAGACCAAAUCUAACAAAGAAAGGGUUUAGUUUUUGUAAAGAUAAAGGCUUUUAAACAUCAGUGAUUUUAAUUUAAAUAAAAGUUUCAUCACUAGAUUCUGUUUCUUGGCGUUUGCUCUAGUCCGAAUGUCAGUUUACAAAAAUGUAUGAUUUCCCCACACACACUUUUAUUAAAUUUAGAUUUGAAAACAAAAAUAUGUGGGAAAACAAUGAAUCUUAUUAAAGCCCAAAUCUGUCUGUAAAACACCCCAAUUGUUUUGUGCAAUCAACACAUUCCCAAUGUGCAGUAUAUCACUGGUUUGAUUAUUGUACCCCCCCAUUUUUCUGACAAGGUUUCAGAAGCCUAUUUCUUACAUCAGAGCUUUAUGUAAAUUUGGCUGUAUGGAAUAGUGGUGACAGUCCAUUCAAAGGACAUAGGUUUUAUUCCCUGCUCCUGCUGUAGUACCCUGGAGUCUGGGUAUUUACCCUGGCCUGAUGCAGUAAAAAUUACCUAGCUGCAUAAAAUGGCAAGCCAUUGUUAUCAAGCAUGUUUUGGAGAAAAUGUUAUUUAAAAAUGGAUAUUAUAUACAGUGCACUCAGAACAACAAAUGAUGACUUACUGUUGAACUUCUGUCUGGUGUGUCUAAAAGGGAACCUCAGUUCCCAUAAGAGAGCCAGUCCAACUAACCCUAACUGCAUUGCCUCUAAAUAAAAAAAA